AUGCCCAGCCUCGCGCUCACAAAUUUCAACAUCGUGGUCGGCCUGCUGGGCGGCUGGAUCUCGUUGUUUGGGUUGGUGUCGUUCCUAUGCAAAGAGACGUACUACCUGUCCGAAGCCUUGAUAUCCCUCUUGGCGGGCGUCGCCUUCUCCCCCUCGGCGGCAAACCUCAUCAGACCGCUCGAUUACGCGGGUACCCCGGCCAAUGUCGAGGCCGUCACCCUCGCCUUUUCCCGCCUCGUUCUCGGCGUUCAGCUCGUCCUCGCAGGUGUCCAAUUACCCAGCAGAUACCUCCGCACGCAGUGGAAGCCCAUGGCCCUGCUCGUGGGACCUGUCAUGACCUGUAUGUGGCUCGCGACGAGCCUCCUCGUCUGGGCAUUGACGCCGCGCCUGCCGUUUCUGCAUGCCCUGGCCAUUGGCGCCUGCGUGACGCCCACCGACCCGGUGCUGUCCAACGUCAUCGUCAAGGGACGCUUCGCCGACCACAACAUCCCCAGGGAGCUGCAGAACCUCAUCAUCAGUGAGUCGGGCGCCAACGACGGCCUCGGGUAUCCGUUCCUGUUCUUCGCGCUGUACCUGAUCAAGUAUGUCGGCGACGGCGGCCAUCAGGUGUCUGGCGGCGCGGGUCUGGCCAUGGGUUUGUGGUUUGGCGAGACAUGGGGUUACACCAUCAUCCUCAGCGUCAUUUAUGGCGCCGUUGUGGGCUGGUUGGCCAAGACAUUGCUGUGGUGGGCCGAGAGCCACAAGUACGUCGACCGGGAAAGCUUCCUGGUUUUCGCCAUUGCCCUGGCGCUCUUUAUUGUCGGGACAUGCGGGAUGAUUGGUAGCGACGAUGUCCUGGCAUGUUUCAUCGCCGGGAAUGCCUUCACGUGGGACGACUGGUUCCGUUCGGAGACGGAGGAUGACUCCUUUCAGCCCACCAUCGACAUGUUGCUAAACGUAACCAUCUUCAUCUGGUACGGCGCCGUCAUUCCAUGGAACGAGUUUGCCCACAACGACGUGAUCCCGAUAUACCGCCUCAUUGCAUUGGGAAUACUGGUGCUGCUACUUCGGCGCUUGCCGUUCGUAUUCGCGAUACACCGCUGGAUACCCCAGAUCGAGCAGGCAAAGCAGGCAAUCUUUGUGGGCUUUUUUGGUCCCAUUGGAGUAUCAGCCAUCUUUUAUCUUUACGUGACCGUCGAGUUUUUAGACGCGCUAAACGAGGGCGAUGAGGCCCGCGCAGAUGUUGCUCACAUGGCGGAUGCCGUCCGGGUCAUUGUCUGGUUUCUUGCUGUCUGCAGUAUAGUGGUUCACGGCCUGAGCAUUCCACUUGGCAAGCUCGGCUACUACGCGCCUCGCACGCUGUCCAGGGGCGUAUCCUUCAUGAGCGGUGCUGGCGAAGACAACACUCAGCCGUUCCGGAUCCGGGGUAGGGUCGUCUUUCCGUUCGGCCGGUCGAGAUCGCUUGGGCUCGAGGGGCAGAGAGCCUAUGAUGCCGAGUCUCGGGCUCAGUCACCGUCGGGGAACGAGAGAAGCCGGCCGAUCUAUAGAAUCGGCGGUUCAAUUAUCCCCCAGAAUACGGCGGAUGCAGAAGGACCAGGCGCGUCUGCCCCUGAGCUAGGGCGGCCCGGCCAACCGGAACAACGUUUGGGCCCCGAGGACGGAGAUGGUACUCAGACAAAGGCGGCUGGCCAACACGAGGCGCCAGUGCCACCAGAGCUCCCGAACCGCACAAUCCGGUUUCCAGAUGAGACACGCACACCUCGGUGA